AGGAGAUGAGCUCGCGACUCGUGCCUGUUUUGAAUACGUGAGAGAAUUUAGUGAGACGUCCGACCGAUCAUGCUUCGAUUUGUGACAUUUUUCGCCGUUGCGGUGGUACUGGCCUCAGCUGAUCCCCAGCCAGUGAACAUCUUCAAGACGGAUAUCACCCCUGACGAAGCACAGCAGUACCUGAACAGCCCCCCGUUCACAGAUCCUCAACUGUCUGGACGCACCGCCGUCUUACCAUUGGUGAGAUGGAAUGACCCAAGUUUCCGUGCUGCAGAAGCAGGACCAACCCUAGGUCAUUAUUGGAAGAAUGGCAAAGAAAUCGAGAACACCAAUGAUUAUUUGGAAGAGGUAUACAAUGCUGCGCAGUUCCACGGUCAAGAUGGCCUCGGCGCCUACACAUACGGUUACAAGGCACCCGAGUCUUCCAAAGUUGAAAAUCGGGUUAGGUCCGGUGACGUCACAGGUUCAUACGUCUAUAAGGCGGGACCCGGCAACGAUGAUUUGAUAAAGGUUCGUUAUUGGGCUGACAGCGAGGGUUUCCACCAAGAGGACAACAUCCCCAAAUUCGCGCCACAGCAAGUGGAAGAGACUGCUGAGGUCAAAGAGGCUCGUCUGGCCCACGAGAAGGCUUGGCAAGAAGCCGUUGAUAACGUCAACCAUCCACUUGAGUACCAACAGAAACAACAACAACAGCUAUUCCAACAAUGGCAAAAACAAGGCAUUGAUGUGAACAGCCUGCCCCAAAUCAGUCAGUUUGGACAAAAUAACGCUGAUCAGAACAAUGCUCAACAACAGCAUUACCCCCAACACCAACAACAUCAGAACCAAUAUCAAUCUGGCCAGCAAUAUCAAGCUGCUUAUAACCAGCAAUAUCAGGGGGCUGCUUCUAAUCAGCAAUAUCUAGGAGUUCCCUCUAACCAACAAUACCAAGCUGCUUCAAAUUCGCAAUAUCAUCAAGUUCCCUCUAAUCAGCAAUAUCAGUCAGUUCCCCCUAAUCAACAAGAUUCUACAAAUCAAUAUCAAGCAGCCGCUUCUACCCAGCAAAAUCAGUACAGCCUGCCGCCAUCAGGCCCUAAAGACGUGAUACCAGCUGCCUCAAAUCAACAAUAUCAAGCCGUGCCGUCUCAAUAUCAGGGUGGUCAGCAACACCAGAGCAGUCAAAGUAGCCAGCAGUAUCAGAAACAGCAGACGUAUCAGGCUAGUCAACAGCAACAGAACCAAUUGGAUGAUGGUUCGUACAAUAAAGAGAAGUACGAAGACCCUGAACCUACUGGCCCACCUCGUGGUUUCUUCUACAGUUUCGAUUACCCAGUCUCCAUCAUCGUCGCCAAGAGUGACAUCCAAGGAGGAGCAACCAAUCCCGGACAACCUGUGGACCAUGACACAGUAGCUGUUUCUGGACAGCAUUAUUAAUUGCUAAGACGUAGUGACAAAUUCAUAUUGCAAUAUUUACUUAAGAUUUUUUAAGUUGGUAUUAAUCACUUUGCAGUGCAUUUUGAGAUUAAGAAUAACAAUGUUAGUAAUUAAUUUAGAAUAAUGAUAGCGCCGUAUUUCUUUUACGUAAUGCAAAAUAUGUAGAGAUAUCCUCAUGAUUUUGUACUAAAAUAGGAAACUAAAACUUAUUGUCAUCGCAGUUAUUAAAGAAAUUAUUCAGCCAAUGAUUUCUCUUACGAUUUUAUCAAUAGUCUGGAACCAAAUAAAGCAAAUGAAAAUGCAUAAUUUCAUCAAGCCUAUUGCUUGAUGAGUUACUUUGUAUGAGUUAUUUUUAACUACUUUGAUUAUUGAGGUGAGGUUAAUAACGUUGCCAUUUUAGAAGUAGGCUAAGUUAGAUAUUUGUAAGGUAUUCAUAAACGUGUGUCCUCUUUAAAGGCUCAUUAAGAUAUUUAUGAGUAGUGAGGACUAUUUAGAAUGUGAUAACAAUGUGUGAAAUUAGAAACGUUUUAUGAAUAGAAAUUUUAUUGAUCGGAGUUUAAAAGUGUAACAUUUCAUAUUGUCCAAAGAAUCAAAUUUGAUUCCACUUAAGUUUUGUAAUACAAUAAUACAAAGAUUAAAUGCGAAGGGACAUAGAUGUAGAAAAGAACUAUAUAUAUAUCUCUUUGGUUACACUCUUGAGCCUGGUCAUGUUAAAUGUAAGUUAAAUGUUACCAACACAUAAUGUAUUAUUUUAAAAAAUUGCCUCGUAAUGUAUUCGGAACAAAUAACUGUGAUUAAAAUUUUAAUACAUAAUUGUAUGUCAUAGAAACCACUGUAUUUUUUUUUAUAAAUACACAUUUUGACUCUUAUAA